AUGCUGUGCGCCCUGGCACGGGAAAGGGACGAGAUCAGUCAAGGCUCCCGCAGCUCCCCCACCCUCAGUUCCCGGACCUUCAUCACAACGCUCCCCACCUCGGGUCCCUCCACCGCCCCUUUCCCCAGCUCUCCAGAGCCUACUCUCUCCGGUCCCCGUGUUCCCCACGCGCACGCGGCCCGCUCCCCUGCCAGGCCACUCGAGCGUUGCGCCGACUGGCCAGAGGAAGUGGCGCUGCCUGCGACCACCGGGACCCCAGCAGGGAAGAGGGGCGCGCCGCACGGCCCCCGGAACGCUGAAGCCCUGCCGGCGCGAGGCGUCGGAAAAGGCGUUCACGGCUUCCUUGUGGACCCCCCUGACCCACCCACUCGGACCCCUCAACUGCCCUCCAGCUCGUCAGUCAUUGCGAGCACUCGGGAGCUGGGACGCGGGCUUCCCGGAGGAAGCCGACCGUCCGGAGAUCGGCGAUGCCGCCAGCGGCGGCCUUCGUCGCGAUGGUCGCGCGUCACGUGCCGGGGGCUGCCGGGGAGCACCCCCCGGGACACUCUCACCAGCCCCCCACCCCCGGCCCGCGGCAGGCAGGGUCACGUGAGGAACCGGGCUCCCGGGUCACGUGCCGGGGUGGGGGGGGGUCCGGGGGGCGGCGGGCGUCCGGGCCGUGCCCGCCGGGCAGGCGGGGAGCGCGCCAGGCCGUGCGGGUCUGAGCGGGCCGGAGCCGCGGAGGGGGGCUGUGGCGGCGGCGGCGGCGGCGGCGGCGGGGGCGGCCCCGCGUCCGCGUCACGUGGUGCGAGGCGGGCAGCCAUCUUGCUACAAACACAAACAGAGAGGAGCGGCCGCCGCGGGAGCGCCAGCGCCCCCACCCCCGCCGCCGCCACCCCCCGGCCCGCCGCGCGUCGCCAACGCCCCGGGACCGGAGCCUCGCGCCGCCCGCCCGCCGCGGUAAGCGCCCGGCGGCCCCGCGGACCCCCGCCCGCGGCCGGGCCUGGGCCAGGCCCGCCCCCGACGCCGAGGCGGCCGCGCCGAGCCUGCGAGAGCCAGAGCGGGAGCGCGGGCCGCCGGCACGGACCCUCCCCCGUCUCCUCCCGAGGCCGCCGCCCCCGCCGUCCGGUGCGCCCGCCUCCCGAGCCUCCCCGCCGGCCCCUCCUCCCCGCGCGGCCCGGGCCCCCGCGCCGCCCCAAGGGAGGCCGGCUCCCUCCCGGGGGCGGCCGCAGGCGCCCCCGCACCUGGCGCCCCCUCCCUGAAGGGCACGCCGUCCUCCCGGGCCGGCCCGCCUCCUUCCCACCCCCGCGCUCCUAA